AGGGAUGCUGGGAACUGUAGUUCAGGCGGGGCCAACCCGCUAGAACCCUACGUAGCCUCUGACCAGCCGGCUCCAGCGGCGACAGCCGAAGGCGAGGCACGUGGCUACGCGGCGGAGACGGAGGGGUUGAGGCUGUCUUCGGGCUCGGCCGUGCAUUUGCACUACAAGCCCCAGGGUGCCUAACUGAGCGAGAGCCCGGGAGAGCAUGCAGAGCUCCCGCAGACUCCAGGGCCGCCCGCUGCCUCCCUAUUCCCGGGAGAGCGAAAGGGGAGAGAGCGACGGGGCGAGAAGCAUGUGGGUGUUCGGCUACGGCUCCCUCAUCUGGAAGGUGGAUUUUCCUUAUGAGGACAAGAUGGUCGGGUACAUCGCAGGGUACAGUAGGAGGUUCUGGCAAGGCAGCACCGAUCACCGUGGAGUGCCGGGCAAGCCUGGAAGAGUUGUGACACUUAUUGAAGAUCCUGAGGAUUGCGUAUGGGGUGUUGCUUACAAACUGCCACUAGGUCAAGAAGGUGAAGUGAAAGCAUAUCUUGAUUUCAGAGAGAAAGGUGGCUACAGGACUAGUACGGUCAUUUUCUAUCCCAAAGUUCCCUCAGUGGAACCGUUUGAUGUGCUGUUAUAUAUUGGAACCUGCGAAAACCCCAACUACCUCGGACCAGCACCUCUAGAAGAAGUUGCCAAACAGAUUUUUAAUGCAGUUGGGCCCAGUGGAAGAAACACAGAAUACCUGUUUGAACUCUGCAACUCCCUCAGGGACCUUGUACCAGAAGAUGUAGAUGAACAUCUGUUUACUUUAGAGAAACUAGUAAAGAGACUCAUGGAACAGGAACAAAACAAAAAUCUUAAUCCCAUAUAAAAACCAUAUAAAAAAUUGUGGUUUCAAACAGUCUCUUCAUCGUCAGAAUGAUUUGAAGAUAUUCCAUCUGGACUUCUAAGAUAUUACAUUCAUGUUUCAUUUAGGGUACUACUGUUAUUGAUCAGCAGAAAAUUAUGUUUAAAGCUAUGUCUUCAGGAAUUUAAGGGAGGAGCUUUGAAUUUUGGUAAAAUUUUAAAGAAUGCAUUCAUCUCCAUUUCUCAGAUAUGAAGAAAUAAUUUAGGCCCAAUUUAAGUUUGUGGGAAAACUUUCUUAAUUUCAAGUUAUUUAGAUUUUUUCCCUUUUUUAAAAGAAAUAUAGUUUGGGACUAGAUCCUGCACUCAGACAGACUAUGGACACAAUCCUAUACAUAUAUUCUCAGAAGUUAAUUCCCCUUUAACAAAGUGAGACCUUGUUUUGGAAGUAAACAUACAUAGGAUUGUGGCUGUAUAUAUUGUCUUAGGACUUAAGUUACUCAAGAGCAGUCCCAGUGGGGCCAGUCUAUAGUGGAUUAUAGCACUGACAUGGAAAACCUAUGUACAGUCCCAUGGCAGUAAGUUCAACUGAAUUCAAAAUAAAAAUGCAUAGGAUUGAACUGUAAGUGGCAGUUAUUCCUAUGCAAGGACUAGAAUGUUUUCAAAACCACUUAUCACAGCAUAUUUAUAAUUUACUUCAACUCCAUGGAUUCAGUUGUUAAUUUAUAUAUAAACUAUUUGUCACUUGAUAAAAUAAGCAAAUAGUUACACAUGAAGGAAACGGCACUUUCCUUUAAGAUGCGCAUAGUAUCAAAACCUUCAGAAGCAAUCCUUGACUCAUACCAUAUUGGUGCCUUAUAUUUUUAUAGCUUUUUAAAAAACAGAAGUAACAAGGGAUAUGACUUGAAUUUACAAUAGCAAGAGUGUUCAGUCACUCCCAUCCUUAAUCACUAGGCAAAAUAUUUUCAGAACUAUCCUGAGGCUAUGUCCACACAUAAUGGCACGUAAGAACUACCCAAGUCUAUCUUGGGUCCCAUCACUAGACAGCUUAAUCAUGGCUUUGCAUUACAUCAUUAUCAACACUAACUAUACCCAGGGGUGUAGUCGUCUGGGGUCUCAGACCCCUUACUUUUUUGGGAGCAGGGUCCCUUUGUCUCCAGCAUCCUACCAACCAAUCCGCAUGAAAGGUGAGCGUGUUAGCCACUGAGAAGAACCUUCUAGCAUGCUUCCUUGUCCUUUUCUGCUGUUUGAAGUCAAUCAGAGUAAAAGGAGGUGAGUGGGCCACUGAAAAGACUCUUCUCAAUAGCUAACAUAAUUCCCUUUCAUACUGAUUGGCUCCUAUGGCCUUAUAUUGUUGUGGUAGAAGGACACAUGCAGGAAGGACUGGAGAUGACACAGAGCGAGGGAGGGAGGGGCAUGGCAUGUCUAUCAUAAAGGGACCCUGCAUUUCUGGAUUUGCCACUACAUUACAGACUAUGCCUUGUCUUAACCAAGAUUUGCAAUCCCUGGCUAAUAUGGGGCAGAUGUAAUGCUAAACUGUACUAAAAGCAAACAAGUGAAGGAAGGGAAGAAGUACAUAAGCUCACCACUCACUCCCAAUCUCUUAUCCACAGAUAAGAGAUCAGCAGUGUUAUGUCUUCAGUAGGCCACAGACUUCAAAGGGAAUACUGUAAAAUAAAGUCUUUGAAGAUUGCUGUUUACUUAGUAAGCCAAUUCAGUGGCACUUACUCCCAAGUCAAUGGCAAGGAUUUAAAGAUCUGCUCUGUUCUCGGCAUCCAGUGGUGCUUUGUACGUACAUUUCUUGAAGACCACCCCAUCCAUCCUUAUUGUCCAUGAUAAAAUACUUUUGAAACUUGGAAGUUGCAAAAAUAUUUUUAACAUGUCAUGGGGGAUUGGUUUCAAAGCCAGAGUCAAAAUUCUCACUAGGUGAGCACAGGCUGUUGUGGUGGCCUAAAGUACCUCUUUGGAUACAGACUAUUGUGUUUGGGAUUGAGAUCCAACUUGCAUAGCAGUCUAACCUCAGCAAUCAUUUAGGCACUUAAUUUCUACAACAGGCUAAGAAAAUUGGGGGGGCAGGGGUCCUUAAUUAGAAGUUAAGGAAGAUGUCGAGACUCUACAAAGAUAUCUUACUAUAAACCAUAAAUGACUUUUUCAAACUGCAUCAAAAAAUGUUUACAGGCUGAGUAAGGAUGAUCCUGGAGAAUCACUGCAGUAAUAAUAAAAACAUUUAUAUAAAAAGUUAUUAUAGAUUACUCCUUAUUCACU